CGUCACGGAAUCCAGGCCUUGUUUCCUAGGAGUCUUCCGCAUUCCGGGCUGAAAUGCGUUUCUGCGGACCUUGCUGCUGAGGUCUUUGUCAAAGUUUCCAUGGGGAUCCUCAAGAAUAACAGCCUGAAGAAGAUGGUGUUGCUCCGUGUGUCACACUGUUAUAAGGACAUAGUGACCUUCUCUGAUGUGUCCAUGAACUUCACCCAAGAAGAGUGGACAUCCCUGGAUGCCUCUCAGAGAAAGCUCUACAAGGAUGUGAUGCUGGAGACCUACCAGCACGUGCUGGCCAUUGGGCAUUCCGAGGGGAAGCCUGCGGUGAUCUCCUGGCUGGAAAGAGUCGCCCUGACGCCAGGGACGAGAGAUGUUUAUGCAGAAAUGCACCCCCAGCUUCAGGAUGUGGCGCUGCCACAGUUUGAUUUGGGAAAGGGAUCAUCUAAUUCAAGUGAGCUGAGAAGCAGCCGUUCCCAGUGGAAUGCCUCUGAUCCUGUGCACUGUGACAAAUUUUCAAGUGAGCAAUCCUGUCUUCAUCCCCUUGGGGAUGCUGAGAUAGGCAGGAUAUCCUCUGAGGGUUAUCGGAAGGAAGAGAGCGACCUCACUCCAGAGAAGCCCUCCCCUGGGAGAACCUCCUUACAGUCUACUCUGCACAAACCUCAAACACAAACCCAACCAGUGGCUCUGCGCAUGGACAGUGGAAGAGGAGCACUUUUUAUAGACAUCCUGGGUGAUGCCUUCAGUGAUCUCCUGGCUGGGAGGAGGAGCUCAGGCGUGUGUUCAGGUGUUUGUCAAAGCUUCAGUGGGGAUCCUCAAGAAUAACAGCCUGAAGAAGAUGGUGUUGCUCCAUCUGACACACUGUCCACAGGACAUAGUGACCUUUUCCGAUGUGGCUGUGAGCUUCAGCCCAAAAGAGUGGACAUGCCUGGAUGCCUCUCAGAGAAAACUCUACAGGGACGUGAUGCUGGAGACCUAUCAGCACCUCCGGGCCGUU